AUGAACAAUCCACUUGGACGCUCAACAUCUAAACCUGAUUAACAAGCUUAGAAUAAUAAUUAAAAAAAUAAUAGAGCAAAAGAGUUUGAAAAACAACUCUAAGAGGAGGAAAGAAGUAAAAUGAAUUGAAUAAUAUUAAUAGUGUUAGCUUAAUCAGCAGGAAUAAUUAAUAAUAGUUAAUAGACAAAUAAUCAACAAUAAUAAUCUGCCUAUUAGUAAUAACAACAGCUUAAUCAAUAACCAUAAUCAGUGUUUGGAUCAAUAGGUUAGAUGUUAGAUGCCCCAAGAGUAAUUUGAUAUUACAAUAUUAGAAAUUGUUCUUUAGAAAUAAUUUACCCUAACAAUAACCAACUUAAUAAGGUUAAAGAUAAACAACAGAUUAGGUUGAAUCAGACUUUAUAUAAAUCAAUACUGUGUAAAUAUAUUAAACUCGUGACAUUAAGAGUAUAGGAUUGGAAAUUGUAUAGCCUGGAGAAAUAGCUUUACAGGAAAUACGAGGAUAAUGUUUUAUUCCCACUUAAUCAUUCUAAGGAACUAUUAUAGCCACUAAUUAUUAAGUAUUUAUUUCAUUAAAUUAAUAGAUUCUAUUUUUACCUGAUAAAUUUCCAAAAGAUUUUAGAAAAGAUUACUUUCACAUCCCUUAUACACUUCUUAUUAAAGUUGAAAAAACUAUGGAUAGGAAAUAAAAUGAUGCAAAUUUUAUUGAAAUUUCAUGUAAAGAUGGAAGAGGAUUCAAAUAUAAGUUUUUAAAAGAAUAAAAUGAUGAUUGUAAUAGUAUAUUUAAUGUAAUUAAUAAAAAUGCAUUUACAUUGAAUAAAUCUACCUUAUUUGCAUUUACAUUUUAUAAAGAAUAGUCGUAAUUAGAAAAUGAUUUUUAAGGAUGGAAAAUAUAUAAUAUAGAAAAGGAUUUUGAGAGAAUGGGAAUCAAUAUAUUAUAAGAAAAUUCUCAAAUAUAGAAUGGAUUAUUUAAAUAUGUAAAUAAUGAGAAUGGAAUUAUUUGUUCUACAUAUUAUAAUAGAUUAAUAGUACCAGCCAAAGCAGAUUUAGAUUGUAUACAAAAGACUGCAAAAUUUAGAUCUAAAGAAAGAAUACCAAUUUUAUCAUAUGCAUUUUAAGUAAAUGGAAAAGUGAUAUCAAUGUGGAGAAGUUCACAAUGUAGAACAGGAAUAGGAUAAAAUAGAUCUACAGAAGAUGAAUGUUAUUUAAAAUACAUGUCAUAUUAGACAGUAGAUGAAUAAGAAAGUCAAUAUGAAGAUAAAGAAAUUCGUUUAAGAAUUUAUGAUGCUAGACCACAUAUUAAUGCUUUUGGAUAAUAAGUAGCUGGAAAAGGUUAUGAGAAUAUUAUGUUUUAUAGAAAGUGCAGCAUAGACUUUUUAGAUAUUCACAAUAUUCAUAAAGUUAGAGAUUCUUAAACAAAAUUGUUAAAAGCAGCAUUUAGGUAUUAUUUAUAGAUCUAUUUAUUAGUGAAAACACUCAAUUCCUAACAUAAUUAGAAUAAUCUUUUUGGUAUGAUCAUAUUGUUGCAAUCAUUAGAGGAUCAGCACGAAUAGCUAUAACAAUGACUAAAGAGAAAAUCAAUGUAUUAGUUCAUUGUAGUGAUGGCUGGGAUAGAACAGCAUAGUUAACUGCUCUAGUCUCUAUUAUGAUUGAUGGAUAUUAUAGAACAAUUGAAGGAUUCAUGGUUUUAGUUUAAAAGGAAUGGAUCAAUACUGGACAUCAAUUCUGUCAAAGAUCUGCUAUUGGCAAUAAAUAAAAUAAUGAUGAUUCAAGAUCACCUAUCUUUUUAUAAUUCUUAGAUUGUGUUUAUCAAAUGUAACAAUUAUAUCCAUUAUCAUUUGAAUUCAAUUAAAAGUUAUUAUUUGAUUUAGCUUAUCAUCAUUUAACAUCUUUAUUUGGAACAUUCUUAUGCGACUCCUUUUUGGUAUCACUUUUUAUUUACAUUAGGAAAUUCAAAAACAAAGAAUUAUGGAAUAAACUGUAUCCAUCUGGUCAUGGAUUAUAAAACAAAAAGAUAAAUAUCUUAAUGCUUUCUAUAAAAAUCCAUAAUCUAUUGAUUAAGAUGUUAUCAUUCCAGAAUAAUUUAGUGGUAAAUCCAUCACAUUUUGGAAAGAAUAUUUCCUCUAUUACUCAUUAGAAUCAAAUGAUACUUAUUAAAUACAUCCUCAAUGUUAAUCUACUUAGUAUUAUGCAAUUUUUUCAUUUUAGUGAUAAUAUUUAACAGAUGUAUAAGACUUUGUCCAAAGAAAAUCAUGUUUUAAGAUAAGCAUAAAAAGAUUAAGAAAAGUUGGCCAUUCUUCAUCAAUAAAAAUUUAAUUAAUUAAUGCAAAUUAUCUAAGAAACCUAGAAUGAAGAAAUUAUAGAAAAACUUUAGACAAUUUAACUUAUUUGA